AUGGCUCCACCUACUCCCUUGCUGUUGACGUUGACGUCGGCUGCGAUCUGCAUGCUCAAAGCUACUUUCCUCCCUGACCUCUUCCCGGGGAUUAAACUCACGACAUUCUUUCUCCUCACAGCAGCGGUAGUCUUCGGAUCAUGGACGAUCUGGAAAUUGUUCAUAUACCCCAACUUCGCAAGCCCGUUGCGGCAUCUCCCUCAGCCAAAGUCUGGCAUCAUCCCCGGACUUGGCCCCAAACAACUAAUUACAAGGAGAGAAAUCGGAGAGCUCUUCCUCAAGUGGAUCGUAGAUAUCCCAAACGAAGGUCUCAUCAGUUUCCCAGGAAUCUUCGGCACCGAUAAUCUCCUCUGCACCGAACCCUCUUCCCUCGCAGAAGUUCUCGUCCACAAGAGCUACGACUUUGAGAAGCCCACAGAAUUGCGCAACUUCCUGCGCAUCAUCCUCGGCGAUGGCUUGAUCAUAGUCGAAGGCGACAUGCACAAAUUCCAGCGCAAGAACGUCGCUCCGGCAUUCAGCUUCCGUCAUAUCAAAGAGCUGAUCCCGCUCUUCUGGAAGAAGGCGCGCGAGAUGGCGGACGAGAUCACGGCCGAGAUCAAAAACCACCCCGAGCCGGUGGCUGGCGAGAAAUCGUCGGGAAACCCGACUGGCGUGGUGGAGGUCAACCACUGGGCGAACAAGGUCACGAUGGACAUCAUUGGCGUGGCAGGUCUGGGACGCGACUUCAACUCGCUGCAUAACACCGACGACGAGCUGGUGGCCAACUACGAGGAGAUCUUGGAGCCGACGGCCGAGAAAGCGAUGUUCUUCGGCGCCAACCUGAUGACCUCCCCUCGGUUCGUCAAGAUGCUGCCGUGGAAGCUGAAUGAGACGUUGUCGAAAACCAUGGGAGCGCUGAGAGGCGCGUGCCAGCAACUGCUGGCGGAUAAGAAGGCAGCGUUGGCUGCGGACAACAAGGAGCAGACGGUGAACAUCUUGUCUCUGUUGAUCCAGUCCAACAACUUCUCGGACGAGAUGCUCAUCGACCAACUGUUGACGUUUAUCGCUGCCGGCCACGAAACCACAUCGUCGGCCUUUACAUGGGCAACGCACCUCCUCGCCAUUAAUCCCUCCGUCCAAAGCAAGCUCCGCGAGGAAAUUCGCGCUGCCCUUCCCUCACCCUCUGAACCCUGGGACCCCUCCAUCGACACAGCAUCCAUCCUCGAAAAUCUGCCCUACCUCCACGGCAUCACCUCCGAAGUAAUCCGCCUCUACCCCACCGUCCCAACAACGAUGCGAAUCGCCGUGCGCCCAACCCACAUCGGCACGCAGUUCGUGCCGCAGGGCACGCGCGUCUUCCUCACGCCCUGGGGCGUGAACCGCUCGCCGCAUCUCUGGGGCCCGACUGCCGGCGACUUCGCGCCCGAGCGCUGGAUCGACGCCGACACGGGCCGGCUGAACAACCACGGCGGCGUCGCGAGCAACUACGCCAACCUGACCUUCCUGCACGGCCCGCGCAGCUGCAUCGGGGAGCGCUUCGCCCGGAGCGAGUUGAAGGCCCUGCUGGCUGUCUUCUGUGGCCGCUUCGAUAUCGCCAUGGCUGAUCCCGCCGAGGUGCCGGUGCCGGCGGGCGUUAUCACGUCGAAGCCGAAGAACGGGAUGAGGUUGAGGUUGAAGGUUGUUGAGGGGUGGUAA